AUGGGGAAAAAGAAGAACGAGGGAAGGAAAUGGGAUGGAAGGAUAUUGUCAGGCCAGGGGAAAGUGGAAGGAAAAGAACAGGAGGAGAAGAUCGGGAUGGGGAAAAAGAAGAACAAGAGAAGAAGGAUGGAUAGGAAAUUGUCAAGGGGAGACGGACGGUUACCCCAUGUAAAGUUACCCCAUGUAAAGUUACCCCAUGUAAAGUUACCCCAUGUAAAGUUACCCCAUGUAAAGUUACCCCAUGUAAAGUUACCCCAUGUAAAGUUACCCCAUGUAAAGUUACCCCAUUUACCCCAUGUAAAGUUACCCCAUGUAAAGUUACCCCAUGUAAAGUUACCCCAU